AUGUCCACAUUUGAUGCCAUCGUCGUCGGUGCCGGUUUCGGCGGCAUCUACAACCUCUACAAGCUCAAGGAGCUCGGGCUCUCCGUCAAGUGCUUCGAGAAAGCCCCCGAGGUCGGCGGCACAUGGUACUGGAGCCAAUAUCCCGGCGCCACCAGUGAUUCGUCCAGUGAGGUGUACAGAUACAGCUUCGACAAGGAGCUGUUAAAGACUUACCCGUGGCCGACACACUUCCUCCCCCAGAAGGAGACCCAGGCCUAUCUGAAGCACGUUGUGGACCGCUACGACCUGGGACAGCACAUCCAGCUGAACACGGAGUUGAAGGGAGCUUCGUUUGACGCAGCCACAUCCGCAUGGACCGUCAGCUUUUCCAAUGGCGAGACCUACAAGGCCACAUAUCUGAUUCUGGCCUGCGGCUCUUUCCACACGCCCAACCGCCCCAAGAUCCCCGGCCUCGACAAGUUUGCUGGCCCCGUCUACCACACCGGUGACUGGCCCGAGAAGCGUGAUCUCAAGGGCAAGCGAGUCGGUGUCAUCGGCACCGGCUCGUCAGGAGCCCAAGUUCUGGUCAACAUUGCAGACGAGGUAAAGCAUCUGGUCUCUUUCCAACGAUCAGCACAGCACGUUGUCCCCCACCCCAACGGCCCCGUGUCAGCCGAGUACAGAGAGUGGGUGAACAACAACUACGACGAAAUCUGGGAGCAGGUCAACAACCACCCCGUUGGCCACCCUCUCGUCCACAAGACCACCCCCACCAUGAGCGUCAGCGCAGAGGAGCGCGAGCGCAUCUGGGAGGACCUGUGGAACAACGGCCCCAACGGCUUCAGCUUCAUGUAUGGACCCUUUGGCGACAUCCACAGCAGCGCAGAGGCCAACCGGGAAAUCUGCAAGUACUUUGAGAAGAAGAUUGCGCAGUCCAUCACCGACCCCGAUAAGCUGAAGAAGCUGACGCCCAGCGAAAUCUACGGCAAGAGACCGGUGACUCUCUCUGGCUACUACGAGACCUUUAACAAGGAACACGUCGACAUUGUCAACUAUGAGCACACCCCCUUUGUGACGGUCAACGAGAAGGGCAUCUUGACCGAGGAGAAGCAGUGGGAUCUCGACGUCAUCAUCCUGGCCACUGGCUACGAAGUCAUUGACGGAAGCUACAUCAAGCUCGACUUGCAGGGAACACACGGCUCCCUGAAGGAGAACUGGGCCAAGGAGGGCAUCCCGACUUCGUAUCUCGGCGUCAGCGAGUCUGGCUUCCCCAACAUGUUCUUCAUCGUUGGGCCCCAGUCACCAUUCACCAACAUGCCGCCGCUGAUUGAGUCUCAGGGCAACUUCAUCACAGGGCUGAUUGAGAAGGCCGAGGCCAAGAAGAAGGAGAACGGCGGCAAGACGGUCCUGAUCGAGGCCGAGGAAAAGGCCAAGCGCGAGUGGAUGGAGAAGUGCCGAACGCUCGCAGAGGGCAGCUUGUUCAGAACUGUCAAGUCUUACAUCUUUGGCAACAUGGCGCCUGGAAAGGACCUGCCGGGCAUCUUCUGGCUGGGCGGCUAUGGAUACUACCGAAGCACUAUUAAGGAGGUUUCGGACAAUGGAUACCCUGGAUUCUCGUUUUCCACGUAG